AUGCACGACACAUAUGGCGCCGCCAAUCCGUUUUCAGCGGACAGUAUGGAGACCGACGAUCCCGCGCCGCCGGCUCGGACCAAUAGCACGCCUCGGGCAGCAAGCAGUGACCCAGAUGCUUUGAUGUCUGCAAAGAAACACGCUGCCUGCGACGAAUGUCGCAAACGCAAGCUAAAGUGCUCUGGCGAACCAGCCGGCUGUACACGAUGCGUCAAAUACAGCAUUCCAUGCAUAUACUCCCCCCAGAAACAGAUGGGUAGGCCCAAAAAACGCCAGCGACAAGAGGAUACAAACACUGCAGAGCCCGCGAGCUCAUCUACGUCGCAACCCUUCGUCGACCCAAAUCUGACAACCGCCGACAUUGACCGCACUAACUUCGAGAACAUCUGCAAUGGCGCACUUUCUGGCGGCCUGCGCAACACCAGCCGCAAGGCUUCCCACCCAAUGCAGUCACUCGACAAUACACCACCGUCCGACAACCCACGCACGCCGUCGGACAGCGACAUCUUCAAUCUUUCCUAUCCCACCGACUACUCCCUCUGGCCUGAUUUCAGCGACACCACACUUCCUAUGCCACUGCAAGAUACCUCUGCAGCAUAUAAUCCCAAACCUACAUCGAACGGCGGCGACCCAACCUUCGACCCAGACACGGAUCCUGCCACACUUUCCACCCUCCCAUCCAUCCCCGACUGUCCCUGUCUACCAAACCUGUACCUAACGCUCUCGACGCUCUCGACUCUCAGCGCCUUCCCAGUCACCAGCCAUACAAUCACCACCCUGUCGUCUGCACACCGUACCGCCCAUUCCGUAAUAUACUGCGCGAUCUGCCCACAAAAGUUCCAGUCUGGCAGCCAAAACGUCAUGCUCUCAAACACCUUGAUCACCGUCCUCGUCGACCAAUGGCAGCGAGUAUUGAAAUGCCCCGCCUCGGCGCUCGAAAAGGGGUUCUCCUCCUCCCCGCCCUCCGCCCACAUGUCAGCCAUCACGGAGCUAGAGUGGAAGACGUUCGCCUACGACCUGAUGCGCGCGUUCGUCUUCGGCGACCGUACCGCCACGCCUCCGCCUACAUCAAGCCCGGCGCCUGGCGCGAUGCCGCCCUCGUCAGCCGAGAUCACCACGCUGAUGGGCCUGGCGGAAUCAAUGGAGCGCCGCCAGAAGCAGUGGCACGGGCAUGAGAACGAGACAGGUGAAUUUCCGAAGCGUAUGACGCAUGAUCUGGCCUUAGGCCAUGCGGCCGGACUGACGCUUGACGACAUCCGGAAAAUGGAGGAUGAUGUGCGCAGUAAAAAGAAUGGGCCGGGCGAACAUUUCUUGUGUCUGCAACUCGUGACGCACGCGAAAAACUGUAUACGGAGUUUAGAUCGUGGGCCGCCAGUAUUAGGGGAGUGUGGACAACGGUAG